CGCCGGUUUAUCACACUUAUCGGUGCGUGUGAGGCCGUUUGGCUGACGUGAACUCACACCGCGUUCAGCCGCCCGUUCGGACGUGUUCGGGUCACUAGAGGUUUGCAUCAUUUUUCGGUCCGUUUGCUCAUUCGGCUGAAAAAAAGAUGGUGUUUCUGCCGUAAAACAGAAACACCGGCUUGGCUUUAAACGUGUGUAACCUUGUUGUCAGACUGAGCCGUGUUUACCAUCGCGUCGCCACUACUUCAGCUUCCUUCAGGCAACGGGUCGAAUAUACGAGGGACUUUAUCAGCGCGCGCAUUGUCAAGCCCCGCCCUUCCUUCUCCUUCCAACGGCACUGUGUAGAAAGUCAGUGUGAUAAAGUGACGCAUGCGCACUGGCGUCCAGUAUGUCGCUGUCCUCGCUCGGUCGAUCUUGCUGGAGGUUUAGUCGGCUACAGUGCACUUUUACCCCCAAAGCAGUGUGUGUGAAGCGGGUGCACGGCAGCACCAGUGUGUUCACAGACCGCUGCUAUGAGGGUCUGUAUCCCGGUCAUAUCCACACUACUGCCCUCCAGAAGACCCUGCUGGCUGUUGGGUCCGGUGUGGCUGCACUACAUGACCCCUACAGACAUGACAUGGUGGCAGUGCUCGGAGAGACGACAGGACACCGGGCGUUGAUGAACCUCAGGGACAAGAUGAGAAACGACCCCGAGGGCUUCACAAUCCUUGCAGAAAGGCCAAGGAUCCGGCUGAGUACACUUGAUCUAAAAGAAAUGGCCUCUCUGCCUGACGGCUCUCUUGGAAGAGAAUACCUUCGUUUUCUAGAGGAUAAUCAUGUGACCCCCGACUCGAGGGCAGACGUGAAGUUUGUAGACGAUGAGGAGCUAGCUUACGUCAUGCAGAGAUACAGGGAGGUCCAUGAUCUGCUGCAUACCUUAUUGGGUAUGCCCACCAACAUGCUCGGUGAAGUGGCAGUGAAGUGGUUUGAAGCUGCUCAGACUGGGCUUCCCAUGUGUGCACUGGGAGCUGUGUUGGGGCCUCUUCGGCUGAAUGCAAGCCGUUUGCAGUCGCUGUUCACGUCCUUGGGCCCUUGGGCUCUGCAGAAUGGUCGUCGGGCCCGCUGCGUUCUUAGCAUCUUCUACGAGAGACGAUGGGCGCAGAGCAUCGAAGACCUCCGACAGGAGCUCAACAUACAGACCCCUCCCGUCACUCUCACUGCUACCAAGAGAAGAAACAUCUGAGGAAUGAAGGAAAGAAAGGAACGAGGAUUUCACAACAGCCGAACGUUGGCGUGUCAUUGACUUUGGAGUGUGAAGUCAUUUCUGCUCAGACUUGGUUGAAGAGGUCGUUUGUAUCAUAAAAGAAAAAUAAAUAAAAUGUAUGUUAAAUAUGUAAAUAAUAUUGGCAUUUGUCUGAUAUAAUUAAGUUAAAUUGGUAUUUUUGUACUGUUUCUCGUUUAGAACUGCUGUCUAAUCAUUUAUAAUCCACAUCCUGUAGACAUGCAGCUGAGCUAACCUUUAUGGUUGGGAAAGGAGCAGGUGUUGGCUUAAAAACACUCAGCUGAAAACAGCAGCUGCCCCUUAUCACAUACCUGGUCAAUGUGGCCUCAUUUUGACAGUAAUGGGGACAAUUGCUGGAAGUCAGUGUCUGUCUGUGUGUGGGCUGGCAGGUGUAUAAGAUAUCAAUUGUGUUAAACACCGUUUGAUGAUCUCAUUAAAGUCACACUGCAUGAACUUUAGGAUUUGACCUUGAAGAUUAAUCCCAAUUUUUUUCUUCCAAAAUCUUGGUCUUUGUUCAUUCAUUUCUUUAUUUAAGGCUGCAAACUGAACAUCCUGUUUUCAGUUGCGAUGAUCACCAGGCUCACAAAGCAACGGCUGUUGCUUUUGAGGUGGCUGGCUGUUGAGGCGUUGCUCCACACAGCUCUUGAUUUACGAGAAUGAUCAGAAGGUGCGACAUUGUGAUCACAAACUAUUCAAACGUGUAUUUAAAAUAAUACUGAUGAGUCAGUGAGGCCCUUACUGGAUCAUAGUCCCCCCCCCUUUGCUUCAGUUUUAACUCACUGCCUUUCCUCCUGCUCCUUUUGAAUCAUACCAGAUCUCUACAACACGUCUCACUACGUGGUGGUUUCUCCGAUUGUAGUCCGCACUUGCUUGUUUCUCAUCUGAGAAAGCAGCCUGAGCACACGAGGAGGUCAAAGCUUGAAGGCUUGUGUGCACAUGUGAAGAUGGGAACAAUUCAUUUGACAUUACUGCCCUCUGGUGGUUUUCUGUCCACCUUUUAUUCAUAAAUUUGAGGUUUGGACAGACAAGCUCUGGGAAGAUGUCACUUUGGAUCUGCAAAUUGUGAUGCCAUUUCUGACUUUCUACAACCAAAUUGUUUGAAAAUGUAUUCCCCAGAUAAAUCCAUAAUAAUAAUUUGCCACGGCUUUGAGUCGCGUGGCUGGGCUCAAUGGAUGCCCAUGGCAACUGACUUGAUUUUCACCGCGCUUCAAUAAUAUCCCAAAUAAAUAUGCAUCAUUUAA